AUGUCACAGGCCAUGUCUCAACCCAAGCUAGCUACUUCACAAAUCUUUCGAUCGGCCAAUGGCACCAGUACUGCCAAUGGAAACUGCAACGAAGCCGACGAGGCACUCAUCAAUCGAAAGCUGCCCAAAGAGCUUCUCCUGCGUAUCUUCUCUUUUCUCGACGUGGUCACCUUGUGUCGAUGUGCACAAGUCUCACGAUCUUGGAACAUAUUGGCACUCGAUGGAAGCAACUGGCAGAGUGUCGACCUCUUUGACUUUCAAACUGACAUUGAGGGGCCUGUGGUGGAGAAUCUUUCCAAAAGAUGCGGGGGCUUUCUUAAAAAGUUAAGUCUUAGAGGCUGCAAAUCGAUCACCGAUGCAGCCUUGAAGACGUUUGCUCAAAACUGCAACAACAUUGACUUUUUGGAUCUCUUUGACUGCAAAAAUGUCACAGAUGCCACUUGUCGUAAUUUAAGUCAAAAUUGCCCCAAGUUGGCUCGUCUUAACUUGGGAUCAUGCGGUGAGAUUACAGACGCCUCUCUUGAAGCAUUAGGUGCGGGUUGUGCUCUCUUGGAGCACAUCAAUGUUUCCUACUGCGACAAGAUAUCAAAGAAUGGCAUCGAGAAGUUGUCACUUGGCUGCAAGAAGCUCAGUGCCUUUAUUGGCAAGGUGUGCCCCAGCAUCAACGAUGAGGCUGUCCUUUACCUGGCGACCAACUGCGUCAAUCUGCGCACUGUGAAUCUGCACGGCUGCAGUACGAUCACCGACGAAGCCAUCCAGCGACUGGCCAGCAACUGCUUUCAGCUGCGCUACCUGUGCGUCUCCAACUGCACCAAUCUCACUGACCUCUCCUUAAUAUCAAUCGGCCACAAUUGCCACUCUCUGGUCACCCUUGAGGUGUCGGGCUGUAAUCAGUUCACUGACAAUGGCUUUCAGACGUUGUCGCGCUACUGUCACGACUUGGAGAAACUGGACCUGGAGGAGUGUGUCCUCAUCACCGACAACACUCUGGCCCACCUCGCCAAUGGUUGUCCACUCUUGCAGAAUCUGAGUCUUUCGCACUGUGAGCUGAUCACCGAUGACGGCAUCAAGCACCUGAGCACUAGCACCAACACAGUGGAGCACUUGGAGGUUCUGGAGCUGGACAACUGUCCACUGAUCACCGACUCCUCACUGGAUCACCUUUCUCUGUGCUACAACCUGCUACGGGUAGAGCUGUACGAUUGCCAGCUAAUCACCAAAACUGGCAUUCGCCGACUAAAGCACAACUUGCCCAAUCUGCGAGUGCACACCUACUUUGCUCCGACCACUCCGCCGCCGUCGAUCACCCCGCGAACAAAGUACUGUCGUUGUUGCAUCAUUCUUUGA